CAAGAGUCAAACGUCGUGCAAACGUCAAACGACAAACGAGUCGAUAAGUUGUCAAAAGUGUCAAAUAUCCAAAGAAUUUUCUAGUUUUUGUUUUUUUCGAAUUUUCGCCCGUAUUUUAAUUUUCGGUGUGCGAGGUAAUACAUUUUAUUGAAAAUGAACAACAUUAGCCCCACAACAGGUAGGCCAGAAAAACCCAGUGUAUGGUGCAUGUAUUGUUAAUUUUCAAUCACACUGGACUCUGUAGUCAUGUCAUUAGCUUUCAUCCCACGUAAAAAAAUUAAAUUAAAUUUGAUUGUCGCAAAGUAUUUUGAUAUGGAUCACUAAAGUCAUCAAGAUGUUAUUUUGUUUUUGUAAAUUUCGCUUAUCCCGGACUGUUUUUUGUAUCAUGUGACGUGUCAAUUAAAUACAUUAGUUAUGUUUUAAUUUAUUGUUGUGCAAUAAAGUGUUUUGCAUAAAACAUAUUGGUGUUAAUUAAUUAGGCAUUAAGGUAGGUAUAAUUAUUAUUAAUAGAUUCAUUAUUUAUUAAAACAGUUAAUACCUGUCGGCAGGUUUAGGUAAUAAUGAGUGUAUUAUUGGUUGCAUAUAUUUAGGGGCUGGUUCUUUUGUUGUGAAACGAGAAAUAUGAAAGCUUUACCUUCAAAAUAAAACGGUACCACCAAACCAACUUUCUACAGUUUCUAGCCGCGUAAGCAUUAUUGAGGUUUGUAAAAUCUGUCAUUUUUUGUAACACUAUCUAAAAUGCAUAAAAACUCAAAGACAUUAUUCGGGUUAAAAUGCUUAACGAUGAAGAUCCGAAUUUAGAGUACAUAGAAGAUCCUUAUUUCACGCAAUCGUCCAGCGUUACACCAAGUUUAGACGAACCGGACCUGGAUGAAUACGAUUUGCUUGAAAACGAGUUAGAUUUGUUUGAUUUGAGACAGUUUGAUUUUGACGAGGUGACACACAGCAGUUUGUAUUCGUUUCCUGAAGAGACUGAAUCUGUGAACGUUGAAACCGAGUUUUUUAACGUUAAAAGAGCCAAUACUAUUUUGAGGGCUUUUUUCAAGAACAAAUUGAAAAAGCAAGUGCGCGUGACUUACUGCGAUCUUACUAAGCCCUAUUUGGCUAGAUUGCCGAAAGAUAGUAAUUUUAGAAAAUAUUUAGAUAUCAGUCAUAACGAAGAAGCAAUGUCCGUCUCAGAUACGCCGAUCCCCGAUCUGUCACACCUUUCGACCGAAGAGAAGCUCGAGCAGGAAAGGUUGUGGAAAGAAGAGCUGGCAACCAUCGAGGAUGAAAUAUCCACGUUGAGGACCGUCUUGGCUUCGAAAAUGCGAAGGUGCGCCGAACUCAAGAGGAAUUUGGGCAUCACUGUGUGGAAGGAAGUAUCAGAAGAUAUAAACCAAGGCAUUAAGAAUGUGAAAGAGAGCAAUGUAUACCAAUCAGUAGAAACUAAAGUUGGUCAAGUUACCAAGGCCGUUACCGAUGCUCCCAUAUAUCAAAAAACGACUUCUUUGCUAGGAGGAAUAACGGGUAACAUUACAACCAAAAUAGGUCAGAUGCGGCAUUCAGAAUCUUUCAAAUCUUUCGAGGAAAGAGUUGGAUCUGCUUAUGAGAACGUUAAGGACAAUGUAGUGAAUUUUUACGAGACCAAAGUGGCGUCCCGAUCCGGGUCCCAACAGAGUCUGGACGAAGUAGGUAGGUCGCGGUCUGGUUCCACAGUCACCAGUCCCACCAUUCCCGAAGAAAAGCCAUUGGCGUAGAAACGAUCAAGAAUUUCAUCAAAAUGAUCUAGGUAAACUCCAGCCGAAAUGCCUUUAAAGCUUCACAGUCCAUAAACGAACGUGCUACUAACUAAUUCAAGUAUUUAGUUGUUACAAUUUUAAAUAUUUGGUUUUUUAAAGGACAAUGUACUAUUUUUAUGUUUACACUUAUUAAAAUAUAUAUCAUUUAAUGAAGAAUGGCUGUCACUUGAGUUAUCAUCGAUAACAUUUGAUUGUAGUUACACGUCAUUUUUGUGCUGAACAAUCAAAUAUACAUUUUUGUCACUUGUCAAAUGUCAGUGCAUACCGACAACAAAAAUGUCAAGAGUGAAAAACAUUAAUUUUAGGGUGAGAUAUUUUAAGUAAAGACAAUCAAUAUUUAGUUGCACAGCGCUAUGAUCGGAAAAAUGACAUGUCGAGUCUGUUCCUUUAAAAUGGCAGUAGAAAAUAUUUUUAUCACAUUAUUUGGCUCGACUGAAAAAUCGUUUUGUUAACGUACAACGUAUGCCCUCGAUGUGCGAUAAGUAUUUGACAAGUUUGACAUUUAAUGUCUAUUGCCAUUUCUAAUAUGCAUUUAAAAACUUUUGGCGUUUUAUCUGAAUUUUUGCAACUACAACGUUAGUGUAACUUAUCGAAUGCCAUUUGACAAGAUUGACAUCUAUAAACCUAAUGUCAUUUCUAACAUGCAUUUAUCACACUUUUAACUGCUAUGAAGUUAAUCUUACUAUGUUAUUUAUAAUAAACUUUUGAUAUUUAAUCGUACAUUUAACAACUGCCACGUUACUGUCACUUGUCAAAUGUCAUAACUAAAUAACGUGUAACUGCAAUUAAAUUUCUUGCCUAAUGUAACUAUUAUUAAAAGAAAGAAAAAAUAAACAUUGAACAAAUAAGCUUUGGAAGGUUAUGGGUCAUUUUUAAUGUUUAGCGAAUGAAAUAUUUUGUUGAUUUGCGCUUCGAUCGGGUUCGGUGAGAAGUAUAAGAAGUUUUAGCGGAAUAGUUUUUUGUACAGGUUUAGUUAGUUUCGAAGAUAAUAAAAAUCACUGUAAAAUAAAAAAGGUAUUUUUCAUAU